AUGGGUUCAUCUUCCGCUUCUGGUAGAGAAGUUGAACAAAUGGUCUCUGAGCUUUCGUCCCCGUAUCCCAUUCUGGGCCUUCAGCCGGCUUUGAUCUACCCAUAUCUUCUUCCUUUAAUUUUGCUAUCUCUCUACGCUAAGCUGGCAAAAGGGCUUUCCGAGGAAAUGGGUGUAGAGGAGCUCACAGCUGGAGGAGCACUUUCCGAGCGCUUGGCCAGGGGUUCUUCAUCUAUCAAGAGAGGGUUCCCGGUUCCUCAAUGCUGGCAAAAGAGCUUUGAGACUUCCCGCCCGAGGAUAGAAUGUGAAUCAAUAAUGAAUGCGAUGAUCAAAGAAGCGGCUAGACAUAGGUCAAAGGUACAACCGCUACCGCCAGUAGGAUUUCCUUGCUUUACUAACGAGCUAACCUACGAACCGCUCCGAGGCCAUUUACAUAAGGCCAUCGCCUUCCUUUUGAGCCGGCUGAUGGGGGGGGAAGGUCUCACUCUCACGGCUUUGGCUUUGCUUUCUGCAGCGGCAGCUGCAGAAUUCAAUAUAAGUAUGAUGGCUCCUGCCGGUGGAAGCGGGGACGGUUCUUCGAACCGCCCGGUGCAUGUGGAUCUCAACCUCCCCCCUGGAGCCUGGGACGAGCUCUCCGACCUUGUCGCGGAGCUCGAGCAAGUGGAGAGUCAAGUGGAGAGGGAGAUUCGCCACUUGGCUGAAUCCCCCACCGAAGGUAAGGAGGCCAGACAAGAAAGGUUCCAGCGCCUCAAGACGGUUCUUGACGAGAUCGACAGCCGGUUGGAUCAAGCCCGAGAAAUAGAUCGGGUUCGUAGCCAAGAACAGGCGCGACAGCAGGCAGAACUUAACUCCCUAAUGGAUGGAUGGAACCCCUUUCUCAAACGGAGGCCCGGCUUGCAGCUCGGAGGCAGGCCCUUGAAGGGGUUAUGA